AUGGAGAUCAUGGUGUAUGAUUCCAGGGUUAUUUUAGUGAGGGUCAAUCUCCAGGGAGUCCUUAAGGGAAAACAAGGCUUAGUUGAGCUAUCCAAAAAGCUAAUAGGUCAACUUAACCAUAUCAUGGUAUCUGAUGAUGAUGGAUUUUGGUUAUGCCUUCCCAAAAACGGUAUGGUGAAGUCUGAUCCCGUGAGAUUUAGACGUUGUCUUGAUCUGGAUUCUAACUCUCGUAGUGGAGACUCUGUGAUUCUAUCUGCUGUUAGAGAAGAACAACUUGUACUGUUAUUUCAGCACCUGGAUACAUAUGAGAUUGAGAUACGGAUUACAACAAAGAUUGAGGAGGCCAAUGAGGUGAUAUGGAGAAAUUUCUUGAAAGUAGAUGUGAAGCCGUUGGGGUUCAGUGAAACGUUUUGGAAGUUUCUUUGGUAUGGGAGUUUCUUCGUCGACGAGAAAAAGAAAGUGGCAUUGAUUUCUGACAAUCCCUUCAGCAGAGUUUACAUGAUUGGAGAGGAUAAUUACUUUAAAGUAGUGGCUCCCGGAGAAGCUACAUAUUGGAAACAUGUGUGCUCUUAUGUUCCGAGUUCGUCGGUGCAGAUUCGGAAAGGUCCAGUACAUGCACGAGGCAAAAGGAAAAUCCGGGAUUGUUAG